GACUAAUAAAUGAAAAUUCGUAUAAUAGAUAGAAGACCCAAAAGUAUAAAAGCAGUCAAAUAUUUCACCAAUGCAGAUUUUCUUCAAACAACAAGCAGGAUAAUCACGAAAGUAUCAUGUGUCGAAACAUUGCAGUCAUCUUCUUGAUUAGCUGUGUGCUUUUUGCAGUUCAAGCUGAAGAUACAUGUACAGUAGGGGGGAAAACAUAUAAAGUAGGAGAAAAAUUCCCCAGUGAUAAGGGAUGUUUAAUAAAAACAUGCCAGGCUGGAGGCCUUACCUACGCUACUGACUGUGGAGUAUUCCGAUUGCCGGCUGAUUCCCCUUGCAAGAUUAUCGAAAAAGAAGGAAGAUAUCCCGAAUGCUGUCCACGAAAGGUCUGUCCAGGAGAUCCAGACUUUUAAAAAGGCUUCACAUUUUUUUUAAACACAAGCAUCAUGUUUAACAGUGAAUAAAAAGUGCAUAAACAA